AUGUCGAAUAUGAUUUACCUGACUGCACUAAGCAUUUUAUACGUCUCCGUUUUACUGGCUGCCUCACGUUUGGUGGCAAGAAUGGAUGGGGAUGUUAUAAUCGGUGCCCUCUUCUCUGUUCACCACCAGCCCUCAGCAGAAAAGGUGGCAGAGAGGAAAUGUGGCGAGGUCCGGGAACAGUAUGGUAUCCAAAGAGUGGAGGCCAUGUUCCACGCCUUGGAUCGGAUUAACUCAGACCCAAACCUGUUACCCAACAUCACCCUGGGCUGUGAGAUCAGGGACUCGUGCUGGCACUCCUCAGUGGCUCUGGAGCAGAGCAUUGAGUUCAUUAGAGACUCUCUCAUCUCCAUCCGGGAUGACAAGGACGGCUCCAGGUGGUGCAUCGAAGGCGGCCCUGCCAGUCAGCCGCCACCAACCAAGAAGCCCAUUGCAGGAGUCAUUGGGCCUGGUUCGAGCUCAGUUGCAAUCCAAGUCCAAAACCUCCUGCAGCUGUUUAACAUCCCGCAGAUUGCCUAUUCUGCAACCAGUAUUGACCUCAGUGACAAAACACUAUUCAAGUACUUCCUUAGGGUUGUGCCCUCAGACACUCUCCAAGCCAGGGCCCUCCUGGACAUUGUCAAGCGGUACAACUGGACCUAUGUGUCAGCAGUGCACACAGAGGGUAACUAUGGGGAGAGUGGGAUGGAAGUCUUUAAAGAGCUCGCCUCUCAAGAAGGGCUGUGCAUCGCCCAUUCUGACAAGAUCUACAGCAACGCCGGGGAGAAGCACUUCGACAGGCUGCUGAGGAAGCUGCGGGAACGUCUGCCUAAAGCCCGAGUUGUUGUCUGCUUCUGUGAAGGCAUGACAGUCCGAGGUCUGCUCAUGGCCAUGAGACGUCUCGGCGUGGCUGGGGAGUUCCUCCUAAUUGGCAGCGACGGCUGGGCAGACAGAGAUGAGGUGGUGGAAGGGUACGAACAGGAGGCUGUGGGCGGCAUCACUGUGAAACUGCAGUCUGAAGAGGUCACCUCCUUCGACAACUACUUCCUGAAGCUCAAGCUCAGCACCAACACCCGCAACCCGUGGUUCCCCGAGUUCUGGCAGUACCGGUUUCAGUGCCGCCUCCCCGGACACCCACAAGAGAACAUGAAUUAUGCAAGGAACUGCUCAGGUUAUGAAAGUCUGGAGGACAAUUACGUUCAAGAUAGCAAGAUGGGCUUCGUCAUCAACGCCAUUUAUGCCAUGGCCCAUGGGCUGCAUGACAUGCACACUCACCUCUGCCCGGGUCACGUGGGGCUCUGUAAUGCCAUGGACCCUAUUGAUGGCAGCCGGUUGCUGGACUUCCUACUCAAGACCUCCUUUACUGGUGUCUCUGGAGAGGACAUAUGGUUCGACGAAAAUGGGGACUCACCUGGCAGGUAUGAAAUUAUGAACCUGCAGUACGUGCAGUCUGGCGUUUAUGACUACAUCAACGUUGGCUCUUGGCACGACGGCAUCCUCAGCAUCGAUGAUGACAUGAUACAGAUGAACCGCAGUGAGAUGGUUCGCUCUGUGUGCAGUGAGCCCUGCUCCAAGGGCGAAAUCAAGGUGAUCAGGAAGGGAGAGGUGAGCUGCUGCUGGAUCUGCACCGCCUGCAAGGACAAUGAAUAUGUCCUGGAUGAGUUCACGUGCAAGGCCUGUGAGCUUGGCUGGUGGCCUGACCAAGAAUUGGAAGGCUGUGAGCCGAUCCCCCUGCGGUACCUCGAGUGGAGCAAUCCAGAAUCCAUUGUCCAGGUGGUUUUCGCCUGCCUGGGCAUCCUGGUCACAUCAUUUGUUGCCCUCGUCUUUGUCUUGUACCGUGACACGCCUGUGGUCAAAUCCUCUAGCCGGGAACUCUGCUAUAUCAUCCUAGCAGGGAUCUUCCUUGGCUAUGUCUGUCCCUUCACCCUCAUUGCCCGUCCCUCUGUGGCUUCCUGCUAUCUCCAGAGGCUCCUUGUUGGACUUUCAGCCGCCAUGUGCUACUCUGCCCUGGUAACGAAAACCAACCGCAUCGCCCGCAUCCUGGCAGGCAGCAAGAAGAAGAUCUGCACGAGGAAGCCGAGGUUCAUGAGUGCUUGGGCUCAGGUGAUCAUCGCGUCCAUCCUGAUCAGUGUCCAACUCACCUUGGAGAUCACCCUCAUUAUCAUGGAGCCCCCUGAACCCAUAAAGUCCUACCCCAGCAUCAGAGAAGUCUUCCUGAUCUGCAACACCAGCAAUCUGGGUGUUGUGGCUCCACUUGGCUACAACGGUUUGCUCAUCAUGAGCUGCACCUACUACGCCUUCAAGACCCGCAAUGUUCCUGCAAAUUUCAACGAAGCAAAGUACAUCGCCUUCACCAUGUACACCACCUGUAUCAUCUGGCUAGCGUUUGUGCCCAUCUACUUCGGCAGCAACUACAAGAUCAUCACUACAUCCUUCUCGGUGAGCCUCAGUGUGACUGUAGCUUUGGGCUGUAUGUUCACGCCAAAGAUGUACAUUAUCAUUGCCAAGCCAGAGCGAAAUGUACGCAGUGCAUUCACCACCUCUGAUGUUGUGCGCAUGCAUGUCGGCGACGGAAAAAUUGCUUGCCGAAGCAACAGUCUGCUCAACAUGUUCAAAAGGAAGAAGAACACUGGAAAUGGCAGUUCUAAUGGAAAGUCUGUGUCAUGGUCUGAACCAGGUGCAAGACAUCCUCCAAAAGGGGAUCACAUGUGGCACAGACUGUCAGUGCAUGUGAAGAAACAGGAGACAGGUUCCAAUCAGAUGGCUGUCAUCAAACCCUUAACUAAUACCUACCAAAACACAGCCCUGGAAUUCACAGACCUCAGCACUAAGACUUUGUACAAUGUGACUGAGGAGGACGAGAGUGACCCUGUCAGAUACAACCCCCCUGCCACUCCCCCCAUGAUGGCCCACGGGCAAAUGCCUGCGCUUGGGCCGCUGAAAGACGUGGGUGAGGAGGUGGAGCUCUAUAACCCCGAGCAUUUGCAGGAAAAUAGCAUUAUCCCCCAACAGAUCAUCAUGGACCACUUAGAAGGGGGGGAGGUGGUCAGAUUCAACAGUGACAUCCCUGAGCUAAAUGAUAUGAUUAGCAUGCCUGAGGCCGUGAGCGGCGGCAUGCCCGUGUACCACCAGGCUCACCUCAUCCAGCAGCACCAAGUCCUGCCCAUGCAGCUUGACCCCUUCGACGAAGAGCCUCACUCCCCCUUGGAGGAGGAGGAGAUGGAGAACGAGCAGUUCGGCCUUCUCCAUGGGUACAUGUAUGACAACGCCCAGAUUCACGACGAGGAGGAGUUGGUUCAGGUCAAAUUAGCCAUGGAGGAAUCUCUGGCUCUGAUGCCCCCCUCCCCUUUCCGCGAUUGCACAGGCGCUGCAGUGAGCCCCUUCCCCAACUCGCCUGUGUCCGAGUCGAUUUUGUGCACCCCCCCGAAUGUGACGUACGCUGCUGUCAUUCUGAGAGACUACAAACAAAGCUCCUCAACUCUGUAACGGUGCACAGUAGAUAAUUAAGAGUUGUACCACAUUUUAUAGCUGAUAAUGACUUGUUGCUGUAUGUGAUGGGAGUAUAACGAGAAAGAGGAAGUCAUUUUUCACUCUAGAACUUGAUAGCUUUUACAGGAUAAGGAAGGAGCAAUGGUGCACCGUGUUUUAAAGUCUUAUAGAUAUUGUCCACUGUAGUGAACGAAUUUGCCCAUUACAAAAAAUAUUUCUAUUCUAACAUAAACUUUUAAGGUAAUAUAGACUUUGUGCUUAUUAGACAAACAAGUAAGAUUGUCUAUGUAUGUACAUGUAUGAACUAAUGUCAUAUAUAUAGCACAGAAGUAGUAUAUAGAAAAUGUAUUUGAUCAAUAUAGGUGAUGUAACAAGGACGGCAUCCUAAUGGUGUAUAGUUUGUUCGUAACAACAAACAGUCCACCUUGUCUUUUAAGUUACACAUUGUGAAUUGUAUGCUUUAUGAGAAAGACAAAGAACAGGAACAGUUUGAGGUGAGGGUGCAGUUUGCCUCAACAUUUUGAAUGACAAAGUCCCAUUUCAGGGCAAUUUAAAAGGUUGAAUUUUAAGCAAGACUGCCUGCUGGGAGAAAACAAAGCAAAAACGAUUACCUGUGAAUUUUCUGAGCUCUUGAUUGAUACAGUUUUGCUUGGCAAGCGCACUGACUGUAUCAUGAAUGUAAGUGGGAGGACAUGUUCAAGUGCCACAUAUUCCUUGCCAUUAAGAAUUUUUCCCUUUCUUUUGUACAUUUUUGUCAUUUUUAUGGUGUUUAAAUGCAAGUAAAAUUAGUUUCAGAUUUGUAUCUUUUAUAACCAGACAUCUGAAUUCAUAACUGUAUUGACCAUUGUUUAAGAUAACUAUGAAAUGACAUAUGUUUUGUGAAUGUAUGAAUUGUGUAUCAUAUUUUGGUAUUCAAAUGAUCUCUAGAUGCAUUACAGUAAUACAAAGAUUUCAUAUAGCUGUAUACGCUUAUAUUGUGUGUUUGGCUGUGUACACCAAUCAGUUUUCCUAAAUAUUAAGACCUUAAUAGCCUAUCAACUGUAUAAUGUGAUGAAGUGCUACUGUUACCAUUAGUAAUACUCUGAAUAAGCUAUCUGAUAGGCUGCAGCCUGACAUAUAUGAAUUAAGUCUGCCAUUUUAAACAACUAUUUACUGUAGAGCAUUUGAAAAACACUUGUUUGAUUGGAGUAAAUUAAAUAUUUUU